GACGCGCACCCGCCGCCCGGCCGGCCGCUCUGGGACGACAUGUUCGGCGUUUCCUUCCGGGACCCGUCCCUGCUCCUGGCCAUCACCAUCCUUGGGGUCACAGUGCUCCUCCUGGCCCUGAAGACCAUGAACUCAAGGAGACAGCUUGUCACCCUGCAAAACCCUGAAACCAAAUACCCGCUGCCCUUGAUUGAGAAAGAGCAAAUCAGCCACAACACCCGGAGGUUCCGCUUUGGCCUGCCCUCGCCAGACCAUGUCCUAGGGCUUCCUGUCGGUAACUACGUCCGUCUCUUGGCCACAAUUAAUGAUACUUUGGUCAUCAGGGCUUACACACCUGUGUCCAGUGAUAAUGACCGAGGUUUUGUGGACUUAAUUAUAAAGAUCUACUUCAAAAAUGUACACCCCAAAUAUCCAGAAGGGGGGAAGAUGUCUCAGUACUUGGACAACAUGAAAAUUGGGGACACCAUCCUUUUUCAAGGGCCAGUUGGGCGCCUGUUAUAUCAUGAACCAGGGAAGUUGUCAAUCAAGCCAAACAAAAUGAGUCAGCCGGAAAUCAAAUUGGUCAAACACUUGGGAAUGAUCGCCGGGGGCACAGGCAUCACACCUAUGCUGCAGCUCAUUCGCCACAUCACCAGGAACCCCCGUGAUAGCACUAAGAUGUCCCUCAUCUUUGCUAACCAGACAGAGGAGGAUAUCUUGGUGAGAAAAGAACUUGAAGAAGUUUCCAGAACUCACCCACACCAGUUCAGACUGUGGUACACCCUGGACAGGCCUCCUGCUGACUGGAGUUACAGCUCUGGUUUCAUUACCACCAACAUGAUCAAGGAGCACCUCCCUCCUCCUGAGAAGUCCACACUCAUCCUGGUGUGCGGCCCGCCACCCAUGAUCCACACCGCCGCCCACCCGAGCCUGCAGAACCUGGGCUAUACCAAGGACAUGAUUUUCACCUAUUAACACUCCUCCUGCUUCCAGCAAAUUUGCUUGGCCCCCUUCAUCUGUUCCAAAGUGAGUUCAACUUGACCGUUAAACUGGAAGUGUGUUCAAAAGUGCCAUGUAAGGCACCCUCGGGUUGCCGGCAGGCCUCUAUUUUGUGUGUGAACCUAAGAAGAAGAGUUUGAGAAGUUGGAGACAAAGUGGCUUCCAAGGCCCCUUGGUUUGAGGAGGCUUGGAGGAAACCAUUUCAUGUCUUUUUCCCCAUAGUUUAAUGAAAUAAACCAGUACAAAGCAGAUAACCCAUGAGGUGUGGCUCUGUG